AGAUGAUGACAGAUAAAUUGUCAUUUGUUGUGCUUGGAGAUUUUUGGUGAAAGACAAUUUUCACCAAAAUAUUUUAAAUAGUGAAAUGUUAUGGACAUAUUACUGGACGAAUGUGUAUGGAAAUGAAUUUGCAGACCCUCUUCCAGGAUUUUAAUCCUAGCAAAUUCGUGGUUCACAGUUGUUUGUUGGUUUUUACCGCAUUAUUAGCUUUAAAGUUAGACAACGCGAUAUCAUGGUCGUACUGGGCCGUGUUUACGCCGAUAUGGGUAUGGAAAUUCCUCGUUGUGCUUGGUGCUACUGUGGGCACCUACGUAUGGUGGCAGUACCCUCAUUUCAGGUUAGAGGGUGAAGCGUACAUCCAUUACAAAGCCAUGCUGAUAAGUCUUGCCAUACACCUGAUCCUUCUGAUGUUUGAGCUGCUGGUUUGCGACCAGCUGUCCACAGGCAGACACGUAUGGAUCCUAGUUUUCAUCCCUGUAAUCUUCAUCAGCAUCGUGUCUAUAGCUAUCUGCAUAUGGUCAGUCAAACAUGACCGUAGUUAUGAGUUGGAAUUAUUUUGUGCUGUAAAUAUUCUGCAGUUCAUAUUCUUGGCUUUGAAACUGGAUGACUUCAUCAAUUGGUCCUGGGAGGUAGUGUUUGUGCCACUAUGGAUACUAAUGUGCCUCAGUUUAGUGGGGGUGCUGUACAGUAUAAUAUUCGCGGGGAUCCUGCUUCGGACGCCCGAGGUGAACAUACAGCAGCGACGCACAAGCUUCAAUUCUGCGCUCGCGUACACAUUCACGGUCAUACCUAUUUUGGUGUUUCAGGUGCUAUUAACAAACAAACUCGACGACGGUCUCGCGUUGUCGUACACUGUGGUUGUGAGUCCUCUGUUCGUCAGCUACGCGACACUUAUCAUCAUGUCAUUCAGCUCAAAAGGCGGAAAUAAAUGGUGGUUCGGAAUAAGGAAAGACUUCUGCCAGUUUCUCUUGUCAGUAUUUCCGUUGCUCCAAGAGUACGCGAAUAUUGCCUACAAUAACAACGUGAACCGUGGCUCCAACGUGAUCCCUACGGAGCCACCGAUCAACCAGGAGCCAUACAGGGACGAUGACUCGCACAGAAAAACAAAGGACAAUAAGAGAUCCCAUAAAAAUCAGAAGAAAAACGAGACUAUGAAACCAGUAGUGCCUAUUACGAGCAUAGACAUGCCGGAUUGAUUCCAGGCCGAGUGAUGAAAUAAGCGUGUGUUCACUUGUUAAAUUUUCUCAUGUAAAUAUCAAGCUUCUUUAAGUGUAACGAAGCAAUAUAAAAGUUGUUAAGUUUGAUAUUAGCGCUAGGCUAUAUUCCAUGUAUAGGGAGGUAUAAGAUAUUAUUACAAAGUGAACAUUAUUUUUAUUGUUGUAUGGAAAUACAUUUUGUGCGCUGUAGACGUCCCGAUAAAAUUGGAUCCGAUUAUGUAUUUCAAUCCAAUUUCUUGUCACACUUUUAAGAAUCAUGCUGUAUAUGUCGCGUUAGUCUAGAAGGUGAAAAGAUUACGAGAUACCAACAAUUUUGGUGUUUGCUUACGUUGUAUGUAUAGUCGAACACUUGUUACGUUUUUGAUCAGCAAUGCUUUAUCGGAUAGUCUACAGCCAGUAUAACUCGAAUGUUGAUUUAUAAAUGAUAUGUUAAUAUUUUUACCAUAACUAUGUAUACAAAAGGGUAUGCGGAUUUAUUUGUAUGACUGUCAGUUGCUUCCGUUAUUAGCAAAAUAAAUUAUAAAAUAUAUAGUUUGAUUGUAUGAGAUGAAGUAAACGAGCAAUAUUUGAAAGUACAUAUUCGCUUGUAAAUUAAAUGGCCUUCUGUCUGUUAGAGUCUUCGAAUAUAUAAAGUGUUUUAAUAAAAUAAAAUGUGUUCCAUUAAAAUGUAGAUAAGUAGCAACAUACAGAGAUUCUAAAAGCUCAAUGUACGUACGAAUUAUGUUGAAUAAAAUGUUAUUUUAAUAAACAUUUUAACUGUUCGUGUUAACAUAUCGAUGUUAGGGAUUUUACAUUACUUUUUACGUUUUUGUUUCUCUUUCGUUACUUUAUAUAUUAGAAUAAUAUCGGAUACUACUUCACCAAUAAAUUGUUUACUGUGAUAUUCUCUUCCUAAUAAAUGUUGAAAUCGCAAAGCUUAUGUAUGUACAUUUUAAUAUCUACUGAUUUAACAUGUAGUUCAUAUAAGUUGAUACAAUAAAUAGCAUGUUAUUUUGCUGUUUCGUCAAUAUUAAAAGUAGUGUUCAUUACUA